UUUAAUAAAAGGCAGAUAGCAUUAAACGGCGCCGAUGAAGAAUGAAGUCCACCGAAGUGUUGGCGAAGCCGAUAGUUUUGAUCACGGUCAGCAUCGGUAUAACUAUUUCUUUCAUCCUACUCUCUCAACCAAAACCCAUCUCCAAGCCCGAUCCCAUGGCCCGAAGCUUCGUGUUGUGGCUCCAUGGGCUCGGCGAUUCGGGCCCGGCCAACGAACCCAUUAAGACCCUCUUCACCUCCCCGGAAUUCAAAAACACCAAAUGGUCAUUCCCUUCUGCCCCUUCUAACCUAGUCACCUGUAAUUAUGGAGCUAUCAUGCCUUCAUGGUUUGACAUUCAUGAAAUUCCUGUGACGGCCGAAUCUCCGAAAGACGAAGGUGGUGUGCUCAAAGCUGUUCAAAAUGUUCACGCAAUGAUAGACAAAGAGAUAUCUGCUGGCACCAACCCUAGAAAUGUCUUCUUAUGUGGAUUUAGUCAAGGAGGUCUCUCUCUCUCUGUGCGCGAGCGUGCGUGCGUGUUUAUGUGUGCCUUGACAUUAGCAAGUGUUCUGCUGUAUCCAAAAACUCUGGGUGGUGGUGCGGUGUUUAGCGGAUGGGUUCCAUUUAAUUCUUCCAUUCUAGAGAGGGUUACACCGGAUGCAAAAAAGACACCCAUAUUGUGGUCUCACGGAAUGGCUGACAGAACUGUGCUCUUUGAAGCUGGGCAAGCAGGUCCACCCUUCAUCGAAAAAUCUGGUUUGAGCUGCGAAUUCAAGGCUUACCCGGGUCUUGGUCACUCAAUAAGUAAUGAAGAGCUUCGUUCUUUAGAAUCAUGGAUCAAAUCCCGUCUUCAGAGUUCAUCCUAAAGAUCUGACAGUCUCGAAAUGCGUAUCAAUCAUAUGUCUUACAACACUUACAUUGUAGCGUGUCAUAAUAUAUUGAUGUUACUUGUUAGCAUUUAAAUUUUAUGACAGUGGAUUGUAUCAAAGAUACCUUCAUUGCUUUCGAACCUCAAAAUUUUAGUGUUGGCAAAUUUGUUAUUGCACCACAUUGUACCGUUGAUGUGACCAUGACAUCAAGUCAAGGAUCCAAUUUGUUGCUCUCUUUUUUUC